GCAUUUAAUUAGGUUAACAGCGAGGGUAGUGAAGGAAGUGAGAAUAUCUUGCUUACAAGAAAACCAUUCUAGUUUGAUUGAGAUAGAAGAAGGUUGUGAGAUCUUUUCACAAUGGUUUCUUGGGUAUUUAUUACUGUUCUUAGUAUUAUAAAUUUUGCAAACUCUCGUAAAUAUCAGGCAAAUGAAAUCAAAACUGUGACACUUGGUGACAAUGUCACCCUGCAGUGUUCAGAAAAAGGGGAUACAAUUCUCUGGUAUAAACAAAUUGCUGGACACCGACCUCAGAUUAUAUCAGUAUUUCAAACCUCAGGAGAAACAACAUUUUACAGGGAAUUUAAAAACAUAAGUCGAUUUCAAAGGAACAAAUACAAUCUGGCAAUAUUAAGGAUAAUUCAGUCAGAUGAAGCAAUCUACCACUGUGGAUCAAAGGCAUACUAUGUUACGUUUGGAAGAGGAACACAUCUGGUCAUUAAAGGUCAAAAAGAAUCGACAGCAUCAACAAUCUCAAAGUCUGUUUAUCUGAAUAACUCCGUGGAGUGUCAACAACACAGCUAUGAAAACGAUACAACACAAGUGAAACCUGACAAUCAUCAGGAUCCAGUAGUGUUUGGCUUGGCAGUGGCUUUGGGAGUCUGUGGAGUUAUAAUCUUUAUUCUAAUAUGUCUGACCUUUAACAGAAGAAUGUGUCCACAGUGUCUGAGAGGUUCUGGACAAGACAGCAGAGUUAGAUGGUUCUCAGGUGCUCAGGAAACUGAUGAUGGGAUUUUGACAUAUGCAGCCUUGCAAUUCAGUCAGGAAAAAAGCAAAAUCUGGAGAAAAUAGAGAAAUAAUUUCAGCAGAGUGUGAAUAUCAAUGUAAUAUAAUCCACAACAUUAGAAAAUGAAUUAUAAGGAUAAAUAAACU